AUGAACUUCCCCUCCACCUUGCAGCUGUCCAUUCAGGUGCGCAUGCCAUUCCCCGAUGACAUCAAGUACAGCAUCCUGGGAAUCUCUGUCCUGCUAUUGGCUGUGGCCGUAAUCAUCCUGGUGUGGCAGGUGUACCGGUACUACACACUGACCCCCGCCUCACAGAGGCUGGCCUCCCCCAGCCUGAGUGGCAGCCCCCCGCCUGGCUGGCCCCUGCAGGCCCAGGGCUCUCUGCAUUUCUCCCUGCUGUACGACCGGCCCCGGGCCCAGCUGCUACUGAGGGUCCUGGGGGCCCGAGGGCUGCGGGGAGCCCAGGAGCGAGGGGCGGGGCACAGCCUCGCGAGGGGGAGGGACCCCCUGGUCAUUGUGCGGGUCAUGUGGGCGGGGCCUAAGGACACGCCCACCUCCCCCCCGCUGUACUGCGUGCUGAGUGAGUGGCAGUCGCCCACGGUGACGGACAGCACUAACCCUGCCUCCGGAGAUGAGUUCUCCUGCCCACUGCCAGAGAAAGAGAUCCCACACACCACCGUCAGGCUGGAGGUGAGGGAUGUUAAUAAGCAUUCCAGGCAGGGAAUUCUGGGAGAGGUUAGAGCUGAUCUGGGUGGAAUGAACCUGGGGGAUCCCCUGGAGAUCCAGCAGGACUUACAGCUGCUCAGGAAGGAUCCAGUGGGAGAGGUGCUUCUCUCUCUGAAAUACCUCCCCACCUCCCAGAGGCUGGAAGUGGGCCUUCUGAAGAUCAGAACACUCUCUCAGUCCCCAAGUAAACACAAAUCUCUGUAUGCUCGGACAUCUGUGGUGUGUAACAGGCGUAAUCUCCGGCACCAGAAGACCACCAUGAAGACCAGGUGGGAGGUGACGGUCUUUGACGAGGUCAUGACCUUUGCCCUUCCUGACCCUCAAGUCACCGAGUGCUCCAUCGUGGUAUCAGUGUACGAAGUGGCUGAGGGCAAGAGGUCACCCAAGCGCCUGAUUGGCCAGGUCAACCUGAGGAAGGGGAGGAAGGCUGAGGAUGAGCACUGGAGUCUGAUGAUGCGUUCCCUCCGUCAACCAAUCGCAAAGUGGCACCUGCUGUUAAUUUGA